CAGGAUACUCAACUCUCCAACCAGGCAUUCUGUUCUAAGUGACAGGUUCUGAGCACUUCUUCAUCCUUGUCGCCUCGCCCCAUGCCCCGCCCAGGGGGAUUUGCGCCUGCGCAUGGCCACACCUCGCCUUAGCCCCUCCCACUGGAAGGUGCGUGAAGGGGCCUGAAGAAACUGACGUCAUAGGGAGGGCCUGACUCGCGGGCCAGAGGCCGCCGGAAGUGCUCAGUGUUGUUGACGGAAGUAGAAGCCUGUAAUGGCGGCUGUGGCUGAAGUUGUGGUACCCGCGGACGGCGCGGAAGCCAGGCCAUUGGCGGCCGAGGAGCUGGCGGCGCAGAAGCGAGAGCAGAGACUGCGCAAGUUCCGUGAGCUGCAUCUGAAGCGGAAUGAAGCUCGAAAGUUAAAUCACCAGGAAGUUGUGGAAGAAGACAAAAGACUUAAGUUGCCUGCCAACUGGGAAGCCAAGAAAGCACGCCUGGAGUGGGAGCUGCAGGAGGAGGAGAAGAAGAAGGAAUGUGCAGCUCGCGGGGAAGACUAUGAGAAGGUGAAGCUGCUGGGGAUCAGCGCGGAGGACGCCGAGAGGUGGGAGAAGAGGAGAAAGAGGAAGAACCCUGACCUGGGCUUCUCAGAUUAUGCUGCUGCCCAAUUGCGCCAGUAUCACCGGCUGACCAAGCAGAUCAAGCCAGACAUGGAAAGCUAUGAGCGACAGAGAGAAAAGCAUGGAGAAGACUUUUUCCCGACAUCCAACAGUCUUCUCCAUGGGACGCAUGUGCCUUCUUCAGAGGAAAUUGACAGGAUGGUGUUGGAUCUGGAGAAGCAAAUUGAAAAGCGAGACAAAUACAGCAGAAGACGUCCAUACAAUGAUGAUGCCGACAUCGACUACAUCAAUGAGAGGAACGCUAAGUUCAACAAGAAAGCAGAGAGGUUCUACGGCAAGUAUACGGCCGAGAUCAAGCAGAACCUGGAGAGAGGAACGGCUGUGUGAGCCUCCCUCGGGGAGCGGUGCCGAAGCUGGGACAGGAUUGGAGGCUCCUGCUGGCAAGUCCAGACUGCUGCGUGGGACCAGUUCGAUUACUGUCGCACUUACCCCCGCCUCCCCACCCCAACCCCAGGCUUCUGAAAUAAAUGUCUUUCCUCACCUCUCUUCCACAUGCUCAUGUCCACAUUUUCGUGCUUGGAUAGACAAUGUAUUUCUUGUAGUGAGUGAUGUUUUGUAAAAAUCUAAUUUGUAUAAAUCCUAAUUAUUAUUUUUCUAUGUAUUUUAAAUGUGCAUAACCAUCUAACCUUUGAAUUAUUGGGGCUCAGAUGUACACGCUGCAGUCACUCUGCUAUGAGAGUUGUUAGGAAGUGGGCAGAAGCUACAGCCAGGCUUUGGGACUGGCCGGGAGGGGACCAAGAAGCAGAGGCUGCCAAGACAGAGGCUCCCGGGGUUCCAGCACUGUAUGUCUGCCCAGGACUGGAGUCGGAGGUCGUGGCCAUCAGCCAUGCGCACUCCCUUUUUAAAGAACAAUAAAAUGCUUUGGAAUAGA